GCCGAAAACACGCCUGGCCAAUGUAAACAUAAACAAACGUUGGAAUAAGGUUUUGAUUAUAGCUACUAACCUACCUAGUAUGUACCGUCUCAUUACCCAGGUAGCCUACCUAUACCUAGAAUUGUAGGUUUCCUCACGGAUUGUAUGUGAAAGAGGUCUUUGUUUGCAAGCAGAAAAAUGGGUGCUGUUCAUGGAAAAGGACGCUUUAAGUGUGAUGGGUGCAAACAAGGAUUUUCAUGGAGAUUAGAUCUUCACGAACACACAAAAAUAUGCAAAUCUCAAAGUGAUAAAGGCAGCUGUCUUCAACAACAGUCAGAGGUAUUCCUUUUUGAAGUUUGCUAUUUAUGUGGCCAGCAUUUAAUUGGAACUCACUCAGAGGAAGCCUCUUUUGUAAAGGGCAAACAGAAGUUAUAUCACUCAAACAGAUCAUUAGUUGAGGUGUCUCUUGGCAUAGAUGAAUUAGUGGAACACCAGCUACGCAAAGGAUGUAAAAUUAAAACUAAUCAAUAUCCUUGCACUUAUUGUGAUGCUGUCUUCAGUGAAAGGAAGUUCCUCAUUGGCCACAAAAAAGACUGUGCAAAAAAAUCAUUGGUGAAUGGUACACAUGAAUGUGAUAUUUGUGGAAGAAGAUUCCUGGUUAGAGGCCGAGUUGAAACUCACAAAAGAACAGUACAUGGCAUAGGGACUGCUGAUCAACAAUUAUGUAGUUAUUGCGGCCGCACUUUCAGCUCUCGCUAUAACAUGGAUUAUCACUUGGCAAAAGAACAUGGAAUUGGAUGUGCAAAAAUGCCUGUGACAUGUAAUUUAUGUGGAAAGAAAUUCUCAGAAAAAUCAAGUUACCAAAGUCAUGUCAAGACCAAACAUUUAGACCAUAGGUUUGAAUGUGAGCACUGUGGAAAAAAAUAUGCAACACGUGGAAUGCGGAAUCAUCAUAUUAAUGAAAUGCAUAAUAGUUCAUAUUGUUAUGAAUGUACCUUAUGUGGAGAGCAGUUUAAAUUGAUAUUCAGAUACAGAUAUCAUAUGCGGAAGAUGCACAGUUCAGUUCAUCAUGCAUGUAAAGACUGUGGCAAAACUUUUGUUAUGAGCAGUGACCUGUAUCGUCAUAUCCGAGGUGUGCACAUGGGGAUAAGAGAACGCAAACGUUAUCCAUGUAAAGUCUGUGGGCGAAUGUUCCCAAGCAUAUAUAAGGUUAAGCGACAUGCAACCAGCCAUGGAAUUGUAGAUUCAAAAGACAGUAAAGAAUCAAAAGACUCAAAAAUCAAAACCAGCUUUCGAAUGCAAGUAAAAGAAACUGAAAAUGUCACUUCCUUGAUUGUCCAAGAUGACAGUAUAGUAGCUGGUAGUUUGGUCAAGAGCUUGGCAACAACUACAUUGAUGCCAAGAAAAAUAUGUAACCUGACAAGUAAUUUACAUGAGACAAGUACUAUGAUAGAUUCUGGAAACUCUGGAAUACCAUCAAGUUUGAGUGAGAAUUCUGUGGAGAGUGCUCAUGGAUCUUCCAAAGAUGUUCAUCAACUCCCACCAACUGAUGUUUACACGGCUCAACAUAUAACAACAUUAACUCCUGAGAUGCUUCAAGCAAAUAUGAACCCAAAUACUGUAGCUGCAGAAACUAUGUCAGUGGGUCCAGUUUCUGGUAUUGUUGUCUCUGCAUCAGCAGUCCAAGAAUGUAUAAAUUCUGAAGAGCUUCAGCCAGCAGAGGCACACCAACAACUACACGAACAAAGUUCAAUCAGUUCUUGUCACAUAAGAAGGGGAAACACUCUUAUACAACCAGUUUUACAAUCAUCAUUAAUGCCUAUGCAUCAGAUGAUUGUCUUUGAAGAACCUAUUACUGAGCCUGGACACACCUUUUCUGUACGUCCAGCAAAUCGAGUAGUUUCUGUUUCUCAGUGUACGGGCCAAGUUAUAAAUGGAUCUCAAAUCCCUAGUCAGGUGAUAUGCAUUCCUCAUUCAGAUGCUGAACCAUCAACUACAGACCACCAUUCUCAAAAUAGUUUUCCAGUACCAUUACCACAACAUUCACAAGUUGUGGGUCAACAAAAAUUAUCUACUAUACAUUAUGAGCCUUAUGGGUCAUGAGUUGUGAUUUUUUUAUUUAACCUUUACUCCUUUUUUCCCACCGUUAUCCCUACGUUAAGGGGUCAGCUGCCUGAUGUGCAUUCUUCACUGCCUUCUAUCAAAGGCAUCGUCCUCCACCAAACCUUUUCUCUUCAUAUGUUCCUUCACUUUAUCUUGCCAUCUAAUUCUCUGUCUCCCUCUCGAUCGUCUUCCUCUAACAGGUUCCUCCCAAUUCCUCCUCAUUAUCCAUCCUCAACAUAUGUCAAAACCAUCUCAAUCAUGCCUCUCUUAUCACCUCUGUAAUAUUUAAUAAGCCUGCCCUUCUAAUCCACCACAGCAUUCUCAUCUCUGUUCUGUCAAGCUUUACUUUCUCUUUCCUUCUUAGAGCCUGUGUUUUUUGUCCACACAUUAACGCUGGUCUUAUCACGGUGCUGUAGGUCUUGACUUUUAGCUUGAUUGACAUUUUCUUAUCACAUACUACUUCAGCUACCUCUCUCCAUUUCCCAAUGCAGCUUUUAUCCUACUGUCAACUUCAGGCUCACAUCCUCCCUAUUGGCUUUAAGUAGAUUCUAAGUAUUUAAAAUUUUCCACCUGGUUUAUAAACAAGCCUUUUCUUUCUUGUAUUACUAUUCUGCCUCCAUCUUCCCUACUGCUCACCAAAACCUCUGUUUUAUUCACAUUUACCUUUAAGCCACCCCUUUUGAAGACUCCUGCCACUAUUCAACCCUUCUCUGUAGGCCUCCCUCAUUUUUGGCAGUAAUCACCAGGUCAUCAGCACACAACUACUCCCACAGCUCUUCAUUCCUGAUCUCUUCACUUAGCACAUCCAUGACCAGCACAAACAAAAAUGAGCUUAAUGCUGACCUCUGGUGUAAUCCAACACUAACUUCAAAGUUUUCUGUUUCCCCAACUGCUGUUAUUACUUAUGUGCUUGUUCUUUGAUCUCUCAUCUUGACCAGCCUAACAAAUUUUUCGAAGACUUUCUUCCUCCCUCCUCAUACACCAAAACAUCACUUCUCUUGGGAUUCUACUGUAUGCUUUCUCUAGGUCUAUAAAUACACAGUAGAGCUCCUGGUUUCCCUCUAGCCUCUUUUCCUCUAGCUGUCUUACUAUGAAGAUGGCAUCCACCAUCCCUCUUCCUCUCAUGAAUCCAUACUGCUGUUUCCUGAUCUUUACAGUCUCUUGUAUUCUCUCAUCCAGUAUCCUCUCUAAAACUUUCAAUCCAUGCUCUGUUAGUUUAAUUUCCCAGUAGUUAUCACAAUCCAUGACAUCUCCCUUUGGCUUGUAUAUAUAUACACCAUUAGACUCUCCUUCUAGUCUCAUGGCAUUACUUCCUCUUCCAAUAUAGCUUUUAAUAAAUCCAGCAUCCAUUUUUCCCUCUCUGUACCUAUUAACCCUCUUACGCCGACUGGACGUAUUUUACGUCGACUACAAAAGAUUUUUUUAAAGUUCGCGGAAAAAUACUUAUAGCCUACCAGCCUAAAACUUUUGAAUCACGCGCCUUGGGGGAUGCUGGGAGUUCACGGAUCAAGGUGUUGUUUUGUUUACAAUCGUUACGCAGGCGCACAAGCGCGAAUUUCUUUCUUGCCGCACUAAACAGUAUCUGUGACACAUCUCGGAAAUUAUUUCGUCACUUUGACAUCAUUUUUGUACCAUUGUAAAUUAGCCGUUACAUGAAGUAUUAUAUAUGCAAUAUGUGCGCAUUUUUAUGUAGAAUACAACAAUAAAAUACUCAUGAUUGUAGCUUUUAUCCGUUUUGAGAUAUUUUCAUAUAAAUAACGAUAAUUGCCAAAAUUUCAACCUUCCGUCAACUUUGACUCUACCGAAAUGGUCGAAAAACGCAAUUGUAAGCUAAAACUCUUAUAUUUUAGUAAUAUUCAAUCAUUUAACUUAAUUUUGCAACUAAUUGGAAGUCUCUAGCACAAUAUUUCGAUUUAUGGUGAAUUUAUGAAAAAACUUUUUCCUUACGUCCGCGCGGUAAC